UAGAUUAGACCAAGACUACACAACAUGGACUAUGUAGGAUCAUCAAAUAUUUAUACUCUCAAAUGCUGAAUGAAAGCUCUAUCUGAUUAACUGUGGCUUUAAAGCCUUGUUUUCUAAGCUGAGCUAUGCCUCUUGGGCUCCUGUGCUCCAGUGGAUCCAAGAAUGAAGAUGAUGGACGGGUUUGCCGCACACAUGUCGAACUCUUGGACCAAACGGUUUUACAUUUGGAUUUAGCUAAGAAUACCACGGGAGCCGGUUGUUUAGAAAUCGUAGGAGAGAAACUAGGUCUUUCAGAGAUAACAUACUUUGGUCUCCAGUAUGUCAAUACAAAAGGCUCUGAAUGGUGGUUAGAACUGGACAAACCAGUUAGCAAACAGCUCCAGAGACAUAGCAAUGGCUAUUUAGAUGCCACACUUAAAUUUCAAGUUCAUUUUUUUGUUUCUGAUGUUUUUAGCCUGCAAUCAACAGUCACUAGGCAUCUCUACUACCUACARCUCAAGUCUAAUGUCCUUCAAAGUAGACUCUCAUGUACUGAAGAAGCUGCAAUUGUACUGGCAUCAUAUAUAGCCCAAGCYGAACUUGGAGACUAUGUAGACGAUCGUUCUUUUKCAAACAUAAGGAAUUCUGAUUUGUUGCCRGAGAACUUGAUGCUGUCUCAAUCUAGAGAUGAAGUUUAUUUAGAGAUAUUUGAUUUGUACAAAUCCCACAGUGGACUUUCCACUAUUGAUGCUGAAAUGGAGUUUGUUAAAUUAACACAGCAACUAGAGGGUUAUGGAGAUGAAUAUUACCCUGCCAAGGAUAAAGAGGGAUUAUUAAUAUUGAUUGGUGCAACAUUUCGUGGUAUAAUCAUAAGACAUUCACAUGGACUCCCACCAGUUUGCUUCAAGUGGCCAGAUAUCAUACGUAUUACAUAUUCCAAGAGGUAUUUUUGUAUUGAAACCACAAAGACUCUYGAUACAAUCCAGUUUUUAAUGGAGGACAAUGCCACAGCCAAGUAUGUCUGGAAAAUGUUUGUAGGUCAUCAUCGCUUCCGCCGUUUAAAUGUUACUGAAACACCACAUCGAUUUGAAAAGCAUGGAUGGUCRAAAAAGAUGACUCCUGAGAGAAAAGUCACAUUAAACAGUGCUUAUUCAUUUGAAAGUGUUCAUGUGUCAAGUAAUCAAGUCCUGAAAGCAAGCCCUGAAAACAGUGAAAGUGUAUCAGAUGAACAAAUCCAAGCAACACAGAAUGAAAACUUUGCCUAUACACCAGAGAGUGGAAUAAUAAACCCAUUGUUUGAUGAUGAGGCUGAUAACAAGGGAAAUGUUGACAGUAAUGUUAUAUUAGACAGAGAUGACAAAGUAGUCAUGAGAAAUUCUCCACAAGCUGCCAAAAAUGUAGCUAGACCCAUUUCAUCAUUGCUUCCAGAUGUCAGUAGCAAACAAUCAACACCAUCAMUACARGACAGACCUAAAUCUGUAGACUUUUCACAAAUUGGAGACUCAUCAAUGACGGGUCGUAGUAAAUCACCAGAGACCAUUCAUGGUAUUGGGAGUUCUUUGUCUGUUGAUUCUGGGCAUCCUCCACCAUACAGUUCAUGUGAAUUCUUUAAUUAUGGGCAGUCAUUGGAUAGCCUGGUUGAAGGUGGUGAUAACAAUGAAAUGAUGCAAGAAAGACCUUCUAAACAUGCCCAACGUGCAGCGUCAAGUAUUGGUUUUGCUGAAAAUCGUAAUUUUGAAAGACCUGCUCGCCCCACAUCAUUAAACCUGGAAGGAAUAGGUGAUGGCUGGAAGGCAAGGCAGUCAAGUGGUUAUAUUAGUUCUACUGAUUCAGAUUUCUCUGAGGACCUUUGUGAUGAUGAUGAUGGAAAGUUAUCUAGAAAUAGCCAGGUAUAUGAAUGUAUUGUAAAUGAAUAGAUGGAUUCUCAAUGAUGGUUUGUUUCAAUUAUGGCUUAACAUCACUAAGGGACUGCUCAUUUAYUUUGAUACAUARCCGGGCUGGUGUUUUUAAUGGUGGGUGUACAGUCAUAAAUCAAAAUCUUUUGAGUGCAAUAACUUUUGUUGUAAACUUCGUAUCUUUUCACAAAACUUUACUAAAUACCUAGAUCUACAAACGAUCUUUCCAAUGAUAUAAAAAUCAGAAAAUCAUUAAAAUGUGACGGUUUUGGGUACGCUGAUACCUUAAGGGGGGAUAAAUUGAAUUUAGGAACUCCUUCUUGGUUCGAUGAUAGAAUUAUUACUAAGGGGAAGCAUGUACUCAACACAAAUGAGAGAUGGGUAGGUGUAGGGGGAGUGGGUUUGAGCACUGCCUCGGCGAUGGGGCUAUAUUGAGGAAACACAUUCAAAAGGCCAGUGAGUCCAUAAGCGAAAGACGUGACUCAUUUAGUUUUGCACUGAGUCAGUACUCCCAAACUCUGCUACUGGGGAAAUAAGGUGUAUUAUGGAAUAUUAUAGAGAUAAACUAGUCCUACCCUCAAUAACAUAAAAUACAAUAGUAUAAAAGAAGAGACCUGUAAACACCAGGCCUAACUUAUUUUCACACUCCUUAUACAUGUACACUAUGUUUCAAAGAAUUUUGUUAGAAGAUUGUCACCUACAAUAUGUGUGCUAGGAAGAAUUAUUUUGAUGAAAAAAAUAGUUGAAAACUGAAAGCAUUCUUAAUUCAUAAUUUGUAAACUGCACAAGUG